UUUAUUUUAGUUCCGGUACGAGGUGACGUAACCUCGUACUUUUGCUGGGAGUAAAUGGGACAGCGUCAUCAGAUGAUUUCACAGUCAGUCUAGAACAGUUCGAUUUCGAGUUUCUCAGCAAGUAAAGUUUCGGUUAGCAAUGGGUAGAAGGUGUUUUCUUUGUUGUGAAGGGACGUCUCCCUUGUAUGCUUUGCCAAAGGCAGAGCCUACACGUACCUGUUGGCUAGAGUUUAUUUUUAACUCUAUUCCCCCAACUUUACCGACCAUUUUUCUGUGUCCCCGUCACUUCACGGAUGGCUGCUUCAGCAACCUGCGUUUGUUCAGCACAGGAUUUGCGAAGCUGCUUGCUCUGAGGGAAGAUGCUGUUCCAACUUUGUGUGGCCCCAUGGGUGAAGAUGUCGCUCGACAUGACUCCAGUGCCCCAUUUAGCCCCUUCCAGCACGUCGGAUGUCAGACCGACUCUCCUCAGCUUAUUUCGGCGGGAACCCAGACAAGUAACACCGUGGGAAUGCAUUCUGUGGGAGUACAAAGUGCGCCAUUGAAGACGACUUCAGUCGGCACACAGUUGUCCAUGGGAUCGCUGAAAACGGCACACAUGAGAAGCAAAGGUAUCCAGACAAAGCUGCCUCUUCUCAGUGUAGGCACUGGAAUAAUUUCUGGUAUAGACUCACCACUGGCGUCUACACCAAUAAAGGGCCCAGGCUGUCGACCUAGCAAGAGACCACGGCUUGAGUUGGAGGAGGAGAGCGACUCCUCAAAUGAAUUUCAUAAGGAGCCUCUGGACUCUACUUACAACCCUGGAGAUUCUGUACUUACAGAGGAAUCUGACAUCUCGUUUGAGACACAGUCCACACAUGAUGAGGAAAAGUAUAUUGUUUUUGAAAGCUGCCUCAAACAGCUGUUUGAAAACUGUCCAGUGUGUAAGAAGGGCUGUAAUCUCCAACGACGAAGGAUGGGAACCUAUGUGGCUUUCACUCAGCGAUGUCCACACUGCAGUUACUUCAGAGAGUGGGAGAGUCAGCCCAUGGUUGGAAGUACCCCUGUCGGCAACCUACAACUUUCUGCGGCUACCUACUUUACAGUAUCCACCUGGAAAAGGUAA